AUGGGCAAGCUAUUUCUUCUGAUGGGUCUGGCCCUUCUGCUGCACGUGCAGCUGGGCUCAUCUACCAACAUUGUCUGCUACUUCACCAACUGGUGCCAGUACCGACCUGGAAUUGCACGUUACAUGCCUGAAAACCUUGACCCAUGCCUAUGCACUCACGUGAUCUAUGCCUUUGCUGGCAUGGCCAACAACCAGAUCCAGACCAUCGAAUGGAAUGAUGUGACCCUCUAUGCUGGCAUCAAUGGACUCAAGACCUACAAUCCUGACCUGAAAACCCUGCUGUCUGUUGGAGGCUGGAAUUUCGGGACCCAAAAGUUUUCUGACAUGGUUUCCUCUGCUCAGAACCGCCAUACCUUCAUCCAAUCCGCCAUUACCUUCCUGCGCAAGUACGACUUUGACGGGCUGGACAUUGACUGGGAAUACCCUGGCAACAGAGGCAGUCCUGCCGAUACCCAGCAGCUUUUCACUGUCUUGCUGCAGGAAAUGUAUGAAGCUUUCGAGCAAGAGGCUGCUCAGAGCAACAACCCCAGGCUGUUGAUUUCCGCAGCUGUGUCGGGUGGCAAAGGCACUAUCGAAACUGCUUACCAGAUCCCACAGAUGUCCAAGUACAUGGACUUGAUCAAUGUGAUGACCUACGACAUGAGGGGCUCCUGGGAAGGGUUCACAGGGGAAAACAGCCCUCUCUUUGCAGGGCCUGCUGACCAAGGCUCUUACAUUUAUUUCAACGUGGACUAUGCCAUGAACUACUGGAAGGACAAUGGUGCCCCAGCUGAGAAGCUGAUGGUUGGAUUCGGAGCCUAUGCCCGCACCUUCACCCUCAGUGACCCUUCCAACCAUGGCCUGGAUGCCCCAACCUCUGGCCCAGGUGCCGCGGGAGCUUACACCCAGUCAGCCGGGACCCUGGCCUAUUUUGAGGUCUGUACCUUCUUGAAGAGUGGAGCCUCCGUCGUGUGGAAUGCUCCUCAGAAAGUCCCUUACGCCUACAAAGGAAAUCAGUGGAUCGGCUAUGACAACCCUAAGAGCUUUGCCAUUAAGGCAAAGUGGCUGUUGGAGAACAAUUUUGGAGGCGCCAUGGUUUGGGCUAUUGAUCUGGACGACUUCACUGGCACAUUCUGUGGAGAAGGCAAAUACCCUCUGAUGAACUCCUUGAAAUCUGCCUUGGGCGUCACAACCCCUAACUGCAAGGUUCCAGCAACCACCCUGGGUACUAGUGCUAACCAACCAGCCACGGCUGCCCCUUCCAAAGGCAGUGGAAGCUCCAGUGGAGGCAGUAGCAGCAGCAACUUCUGCUCCGGCAGAGCCAAUGGCCUCUACCCAGAUCCCAGUAACAACAACGCGUUCUACCACUGCGUGAGCGGGAAAACCUACCUGCAGUUCUGCCAGGCCAGCCUCGUCUUCGACUCCAGCUGCUCCUGCUGCAACUGGGCAUGA